CUCCCUCAGCCCCAGCAGCCACCUGCUCCUACAGCUCACGCGAUAAUCAUGGACUCCAGCAAAGUGGUGGAAAACAUCUACCUCCUGGUCAUCGUCACCCUCAUCAGCGUGCUUCAGAAUGUUUCUUUUGCACAGAAGGUAGAGAGGGAAUGCAAGAACCAAAAUAUCCGCACAUCGGCUUUUGAGAGAGUGUCUUGUGCCAAUCGCAACUGCAUGGAUGCUUACCCCACUUUCUUGGCAGUGAUGUGGUGUGCUGGUCUGUGUCUCAGUCAAGCUCCUGCUGCUUUUGCUGGGAUCAUCUAUCUUGUCAUCAGGCAGAAGUACUUUGUUGGAUACUUGGGACAAACCUCUCAAAGCACCCCGGGGUACUUGUUUGGAAAACGGGUCAUCACCUUCCUCUUUCUGAUGUGCAUUGUGGGCAUCGCCAACUACCUGCUGGUGCGAUUCUACGGCAGCGACUACAAGGAGCACGUGGAAACCAUCACUAAUGCUGCAUCUGCUCUUCUACUUAUCCCUUAGAUCAGUUUGUGUAAUUUAACCUUUCCUCAAUCCACAUUCACCAUUCAGCUCCUGAAUUUUUGUUGCAUUAAAACACUGUAUUCUUUGUUUUUAAAGCAUUUAUUGCAUUUGAUUGAAAAAAAAAUAAAGUAAUUCUCAUGAAGAAAUAAUUACCAAGUACAAAAGUUUACAAAC